AUGCACCUAAUAAAUUCACGCGCGCAGAAGAUGUGUCUGCUCAUACAAAGAAUAUUCCACAGAGCCACGCUACUUUUUAAGGACAUUUUCGAGAGGUUGAUCAGUCCCAGUGAUGAUCAGGGAAACCCUACAGGAAGGUUUGCAAAACGAAUCACAAACCGAGAAUUACGCAAACUUCCUGCUAAAACCAGGUAUGGAUGUAACAGCUACUUCAAAGGGAACCUAGUAAAAGUCGUCUGUAUCUACAAAGAAUGUUUCGCCUACAGCAAGCACGCAUCUGGCGAAAUAUGUGACUAUUUUGUGUGA